UAGAAAAUGUAGAGUAACGGAUCACAAAAAACAACUUAAUUUGGGUCGGCAACAAGAACAGAAUUAAAUGUCCCUCAUGAGUCAUGAGAAACACAGAACAAAAGACACAACAAAAAAUUGAACUUUAAAUUGAGAGAGAGAGAGAGAGAGGGAAUGGAAUUGGAAAACGGUGUUCAGAGAUGGGUAGUUGACAUCUCGGAGUGGGACCCAACACCCCAUGGCUUUUCCUUUGCCAUGUCCUUUCUUCCCAACCAUCAACAUUCCUCCAUCACUAGAUUUGUCAAAAUUGAAGAUAGGAAACGAGCUCUGGUGAGCAGAUUGUUGCAGUAUGCUUUGGUACAUCAAGUAUUGGGAAUCCCGUACAAUGAGAUAUGUAUUAGGCGCACUGUUGAGGGGAAACCGUAUCUGGUAUAUGGCAGUACGGUCUUGGAUUUUCCGAACUUUAACUUCAAUGCUUCUCAUCAAGGUGAUUAUGUGGCAAUAGCUUCUGAACCAAUAUGCCUCGUUGGGCUGGAUAUUGUUGAUCAUUACAUCCCCGAGAAAGAAUCAGUUAGAGAAUUCAUUCAAAGCUUCUCAUCGUACUUCUCGAGAUUUGAAUGGAACGCAAUUUUAAAUGCAGGCUCUGACGAUCAAAUGUUAGGAGAGUUUUAUAGAUACUGGAGUUUGAAGGAAGCGUUCGUAAAAGCCAUGGGUGAAGGUGUAGGGCACAGAUUGGACAACGUCGAAUUUCACCACACUAGUUGGGAGAACAUACUUGUGAGAGUCGAUGGUAAAGAACUGAAAGACUGGAGAUUUUGGCUAUUUGAACUGCGGAAGAAUCACUCGGCUUCGAUUGCGAGGGGUCAUCCAAUGUCUGCUACUGCAACUUACAAGAAAACACUGAACCGGACUGUUUUUGACGAGAAAGAAUACAACCGCGGUCUUCAUCUUCCAAACGCUGGAUUUUUGUUGCGAAAGGUAGACGAGCUUUUUCCCUACCCCUGUGGGGUAGUUAGAAUGCCUGUUGGGUUAUUGCAGAGAUUUGAUGCUUCAAAGAAUGAAGAAGAACUAAAAGGCAGCCAUUGAUAUGGUUUGGCACUUGAAAGAUCAAAUGAUGUCCAUUCACCACAAGGUAGCUAUGGUUUAACAUCAAAUUUUGUAUCAAGUUGUUUUCAGUUCAAUGAUGUAAUUGUAUUUUUGCUAUAUGAAGAGGCUUAUUUAACCCUUAUAUGGCAAAAAGAAUAAUCUUACCUGCUACCUAACUCUAAUACCACUUUCAGAAUAAACGUUUACCAUUAUG